UGGAGUAUUGAGGCCUCAACCCAAGCAGCUAAUAAUUUAAAUCUUAACAAAUGGAAUAAGGUUACAAUAGUUCCACUAGCGAAUGGUCUAAAAUUGCUAAGAUCCCAUUUAGUUAAACUUGCUGACGAUGCAACGAAAAUUCUGCAGAAUUAUUUGUGACACUACAGUUGAAAAUGCACCGCAAAAGACUAACUCCAAAAAUGUACUAAAAUUAGAAGAUAUUAAAGCGUUUAACAAUCUCAUUGAAUCUGUGUACUGUAGAAUAAUUUUGCUAAACAGAAAACGUUCUGGAGAAUUACAGAGAAUGUCCUUUUACACUUAUGUUAACUCUAUCGGAAAUCAAAAAUAUGAAGAGUUUCAAAAAGCAGUUUCACCUUCUGAAAAAAAAACUAUUAAGUUCAAUGAAGACAGUAGCCAUUAGAGGUAAGAGGGGCAGGGGUGUUCCAGUUUUGUUCAACCCCGAGGUACAAAAUCAUAUCGAUACUUUGCUUGCGGUUAGAAAUGAAUUUGUACCAAGGGAUAAUCCUUACCUAUUUGCUCCUGUUAAAUCUUCUUCACAUUUAAUCAGUUACAAAAUAUUAGGAGAGCACGCAAAAUUAUCCGUUGCGAAAGAUCCUACUUAUAUAACAUCGGCUCGUUUGCGUAAGCAUCUGGCAACUUUAUCACAAUUAUUAAAUUUAUCUGAUGGAGAGAUUGAACAAUUAGCUACUUUCAUGGGAUACAGACAGAACUACAGAAGUUCCUACAGACUGCCAGAUGAUAUUUACCAAACUACUAAAAUAGCGAAACUGUUGAUGGUAAUGGAGAAGGGAACAGCCAACAAAUUCAAAGGAAAAUCUUUAGAUGAAGUAGAAAUUGAUAUGGACAAAAAUCUUUUGGAAGAUAACUUUUCUGAAAGCGAUGUUGAUGGUGACGAUGAGUUAAAGUGUUUGCUACAUGAUGAUAGUGAACCAUCAACUAGUCAAAUACGCCAGUCAAUGGGAGCAAGAAUAGGAUAUUACCUCCGAAUUCUAUCCUACUGCAUGGAUUUUAAUGAAAUUUUGGGCCUAGCUUCUACUUAUCUCCUAAUUCAAAGUCUACCCUAUGCCGAUGUGUGCUUUUAUCUUGGGGGUGGUUCCCACCCCUUCUUAAGGGUGGAAAAUUUUUUGGUUAAAAUUACCACGGAAUUCGCUAGAGAACCUAAUUCUAAGCAAAAACUGUUCCAUAAUUUUUUUUUGAAAACUCAAUACUUUUUGAGAUAUUCGUGGUUGAAAAUUGGCCAUUUUAAUUGAAGCAUAAUACCUUUUCGAACGGUUUUUUGCGAAUACCUUAAAAACUAUGCAUCUAACUAAGAAAACUAUAUUAAACAUUUUUGUAGGUUAUGAAAAAACAAAGAGAGACUUGCCUUAUUAAAUCUUCCAGUUAUACAAAAAAGAGAUAUGGUAGGUGAAAAUAUUUUGUUUUUUGGUACAUUCUCAAAUUGGUGUAUUCAACUUGAAAUAACAGAGAAACGGUCGAUUUUAGGUGUAUAAUGCUACUAAUAUCUUUUGAGGUGCUUGAAAAGACCUUUACAAUGAGCUAUAUUAAAGGUCCAUUACAUUAAAACUGAGCGAGAUAUGAUGCAAACAAAAUUGAUAACUAAUGUAUUUUUAGAAAAAAUGAGAAGUAAUUUUAACCCACAUCCACCAAAAUGUAAAUGCAUAAUUUUCCCUCCAAAAUACCUUUUAUUAUAGUGUUAUUUCUAUGUUCAAAAAGUUGGACGGGUUUAAAAUGAAUGAUUUUUGAAAAAACAAAGAUCAAAUUUUAGAGCGCAUUUUUAAAUUUUCUUAAAAAUUUUCCUUUUUCUCCAUGUAACUUGAAAAUGAUAAGAGAUAGAGUAAUGAAAAAUAAAAAGGAAAUUUUUAUCUGAAAAAGCCCUACAUUUUUGUGUAAUAUCUUUCUUUCGUAUCUCUUAUCUUUUUCGAGUUACAUGGAGGAAAAGGAAGAUUUCUAAGAAAAUUUAAAAAUGCGCUCUAUAAUUUGAUCUUAUUUUUUUCAAAAACCAUUCAUUUUAAUCUAGUCCAACUUUUUAAACAUAGAAAUAACACUAUAAUAAAAAGUACUGUAGAAGAAAAACGAUGUAGGUAUUUAAAUUCUGAUGGAUGAGGGGUUAAAUAUACUUCUCAUUUCUUCUUAAAAUACAUUAGUCAUCAAUUUUUUGCAGAAUAUCUCGCUUAGUUUGCAUGUAAUCGACAAUUAGUAUUGCUCAUUUUAAAGGUCUUUUCAAGCACUACAAAAGUUAUUAGUAUCAUUAUACACCUAAAAUCGACAGUUUCUCUGUUAUUUCAAGUUGAAUACACCGAUUUGAGCAUGCAGCAAAAAAACGAACUCUUCUUACCUACCAUAUCCCUCUUUGUAUUUUAACUAGAAGAUUUAUGAAGGGACGAAUCUCUUUGUUUUUUAUAACCUACAGAAAUAUGUUAUAUAGUUUUUUUAUUAGAUGCAUAGUUUUUAAUUUAUUCGCAAAAAUUCGUACGAAAAAAUACGAAUUCGUACGAAUAACUCAAAAAGUAUUGAGUUUUAAAAAAAUAAUUAUAGAACAGUUUUGCUUAAAAUUAUGUUCUCUAGCCUCUUCCGUGGCUAUUUUAACCAAAACAUUUUUCACCCUCGAGAAGGGGUGAGAACCACCCCCAAGAUAAAAGCUCACAUCGGCAUAGGGUAGACUUUGU